CUGCCGGGCCCCGCCUCGGCCCCGGCCCGCCCAGGCCGCGCUCCGCCCGCAGCAUGGAUCCGCACCCGAGCUUCUGCGGCCGCCGGGCCCUGGUGACUGGGGCCGGCAAAGGGAUCGGGCGCGCCGUGGCCGUGGCGCUGAGCAAGGCCGGGGCCCGCGUCACCGCCCUGAGCCGCACCGCGGCCGACCUGGAGAGCCUCGCCCGGGAGUGCCCCGGCAUCGAGCCCCUGUGCCUGGACCUGGCCGACUGGGACGCCACGGAGGCGGCGGUGGGCGCGGCGGGACCCUUCGAGCUGCUGGUGAACAACGCGGCCGUGGCGGUGCUGCAGCCCUUCCUGGAUGUGACGCGGGCCGCCCUGCAGCGGUCUCUUGAUGUGAAUUUUGGGGCUGUGCUUCAUGUUUCCCAGAUUGUUGCUCGGCAGAUGAUUGCACAGGGGGUGCCAGGUGCUAUCGUAAAUGUCUCUAGCCAGGCAUCUCAGCGUGCUCUGCAGGAUCAUGCUGUUUACUGUUCCACAAAAAGUGCUUUGGAUAUGCUGAGCAAGGUAAUGGCAAUGGAACUGGGACCCCACAAGAUUAGGGUGAACACUGUGAACCCCACAGUGGUUAUGACCGACAUGGGGAGAAUUAACUGGAGUGACCCUAAGAAAUCUGCUAACAUGAUUAAUCGGAUUCCGCUGGGAAAGUUUGCAGAGGUGGAUGAUGUGGUGAACAGCAUUCUCUUCUUGCUGAGUGAUAAGAGUGCUAUGACAACUGGCAGCUCGCUGAUGGUUGAUGGGGGAUUUCUUGUCUCCUAAGAUGACACCUGCAUUUCACACCUGGCCUUAAUUUUCAUACUAGUCCUGCAUAGAUGUAAACUGGAUAGAAAACAAUGACACAGACCAGUCUUGCUGGAGAAGAGGGGCAGCAGGGCUGGAACCUGUGUGAGAAGUGAGGCAGAAAAUUACCUUUAGAAGGCUGCUAUAUAAUAAAGCUCACAUACGCCGUCA